AUGAAGUUCUGGCUAGUGCUCUUCUUGCUUGCACAAGCAGGCGCCUUUCAGUGGCCUUGGGAAGACAGCAGCAGCUCCACUAGUGCCAGUUCCAGUGCCAGCUCCAGCUCCAGCUCCAGCUCCGACUCCUCCAGCGCCUCCCCAUCUGCUGAUAGCUUCGGAAACUUAAACAUAGGAUCCAGAAACGCCUAUCAGCCCUACACCACCAGCUGUCCAUCCGAGCCCAUUAUCAGGGAAGCCACCAAUAUCUCCAAGCCAGAGCGUGAAUACAUCCAGAAAAGACACGAACAAACUAACGAGAACUUGAUCGAUUUCUUGACGGAUAGGGCCAAGCUUUCCGACUUCGAUGCCAAAUCAUUCGUGGAAAAUUACUCCAAAACCAAAAAUAUCACCAUUGGUUUGGCUUUCAGUGGAGGUGGCUACCGUGCCAUGUUGAAUGGUGCCGGACAGGUCUUGUCCCUUGACGACAGAUUCGACGAUGCAAACGACCAUGGAUUGGGAGGACUUCUCCAGGCUUCCACAUACUUGGUGGGUCUUUCAGGAGGAAAUUGGUUAGUCGGACUGAUGGUUUUAAAUGACUGGUUAUCGGUCAAGGAUAUCAUUGCUAGAGACCUGAACUUGUGGAACUUGGAAGAUUCCAUUUUCAACCCAAACGGUCUAAACUUAGUCAAAACAAUCGAAUACUAUACUGGUAUUAGAAGGUCCAUUCUGGCAAAGUCAGAUAUGGGGUUCAAUACUUCUGUUACUGAUAUCUGGGGAAGAGCUUUGUCUUACCAAUUUUUCAAUGACUCAAGUGGUGGUGAAAACGUAACCUGGGCCAGUAUCCGUAACUUAUCAAGUUUUCAAAGCCACGAUAUGCCAUUCCCAAUAGUGAUUGCUGAUGGAAGGACCCCUGGAACCCAAAUUAUAAAUGUCAACUCUACCGUCGUGGAGAUCAACCCUUACGAAUUGGGCUCUUGGGAUCCUUCAUUGAACAGUUUCAGUGAUGUCCAGUACAUUGGUACAGAAUUGAGCAAAGGAAAUCCAAACGCAACGGAUGCAUGCGUUGUCAAUUUUGAUAAUGCCGGCUUCAUCAUGGGAACCUCUUCGUCCAUCUUCAACCAGAUAGUUUUAAGAUUAGGUUCAACCGAUUUAAACGGUGCAUUGAAAACAAUUCUUAACUCGAUUCUUCAAAGAUUGAGUUAUGCAUCGGUUGAUAUCGCAGCUUAUGAUCCAAAUCCAUUCAUGGACAUUGAGCAUGCUGGAAGUACAGCCAUCGUCAGCAACGAGACCCUCUACUUGGUAGAUGGUGGCGAAGAUCAACAGAAUGUUCCAUUUUAUCCCUUAAUUCAACAGGCUAGAGGUGUCGAUGUGAUAUUUGGUUUUGAUAAUUCGGGUGACACCAAGGACAACUGGCCUAAUGGUUCUUCUCCUGCUCAUACCUAUCAAAGACAAUUCUCUGCGCAAGGUCGUGGCAGUCCUUUCCCGUACACCCCUACUUCAAAAGAGUUCAUGGAUGAUAAGUUGGCUUCUAAGCCUUUGUUUUUUGGAUGUGAUGCUGCCAACUUAACUGGGUUAUUACAGUAUCAUGACAAUCCAGAUCUUAAUGAAACUGAUAUUCCAUUGGUGGUUUACAUUGCAAACACUAGACAUUCGUAUGAUUCCAAUACCUCGACUUUCAAGAUGUCUUACGAUGAUGAUGACAAAUUUGGGCUUAUUCAAAACGGUUUUGAAGUGGCCAGUAGAGCUAACUUAACUGAUGAUACCAACUGGGCCACCUGUGUUGGAUGUGCAAUCAUUAGAAGAGCACAAGAAAGAUUGGGAGAAAAGCAAUCCGAUGAGUGUCAGAAAUGUUUCCAAGAAUAUUGUUGGAUUGGCGGGUCUAGAGAAGCGCCUGAAGCUUCUUCCAGUGCCGUUUCAACCAGGACUUCUUCUUCGUCUUCAUCAUCAUCUUCGUCCACUGCUUCGGCUAGUUCUUCCAGCAGUGACAAGCCCAAGAAGAAUAAUGCACCAGUUACUGGAUUAUCUGUCUACACCUUCCCACUUGUCUUCCUUGUGUUUGGGGCUUUGGCCCUUUAA